CCGCUGACUUCCCACUUAGAAGAGAAGGACUCCUCCUCUUUGUGUUUCAGCACCAUGGUCAGCGCUCGAGCUCUCCUCCUCGCGGCUACCUGCUGCUGCGCCUACCUGUGCCUCGCUCGUGCGGAGGACUCCUCGCUGGAGACGCGCUCGUUGGAUUUCCCCCUGAAGAGCCAGCAGGAGAAAGACCUGAUUGACGCGUUGCAAGAGGUUUUGGAGAAGCUGAGGAGCAAAGAGAUGCCCUUAGAGAAAAAGCUUGGCUGGCUGCCUUCGUGUGACGCAGGGGAACCGUGCGCCGUGCGUAAAGGCGCGCGUAUCGGCACGCUGUGCAGCUGUCCCCGGGGGACUGCCUGCAACUUUUAUGUUCUCAAAUGUUUGUGAAGAGAGAGCUCAGGGGAGUUUUGAGUGACACAACAUGUUUCCAUUCUCUUUGUGAAGAAAAUAAAAAACGCGAUGUAAUAUGUGAUUCAUAAAGGACGCUUUUCUUUUAUAAACUUGGACUGAAAAACAGAGUUUAAAGGUCUGUAGUCAUUUGUCUUUAUGAGUGUUCAUGAUCGUGGCACAGGAGGGAAGUUAUCUGUGUGGGAUUGUGGCAUCUUGUGACAUACUUUGAAUGCAGUUUUCUGUCAUAAAACCUCGGUUUCCCUUAUCAUUUUGUUUGGGUUUUUGUUUGUUGUUGUUCCUGUUAUGGGGGAAGACAGUAAAGCUGUAUCCUAGCAUCGGUUUCUAAACAUAUUUGUAAGAU